GAGGAUUGUAGGUGUGUAUCGAAUUGGCUACAAGAACACAACCACUAAUAAAGCCCAGCGUAUGGAUGUGUUGGUCAUGGAGAAUUUGUUUUAUCAGCGGAACAUUGCUCACAAAUUCGACCUUAAAGGAUCAAUCAGAAAUAGACUUGUGAAUACAUUGGGGAAAGAGGAAUCUGAAUUGGUGUUAUUAGAUGAAAAUUUGCUGAGGAUGGCAUGUUCUUCUCCACUGUAUGUAAGACCUCAUAGCAAGACUGUGAUAAGUCGGGCCAUUGCUGCAGACACUGCAUUUCUCUCACAGCAGCUCAUCAUGGACUACUCUCUUCUAGUUGGCAUCGACACUACUGCUAAUGAGCUCGUUAUUGGUAUAAUCGAUUACAUCCGAACCUUCACCUGGGACAAAAAACUGGAGACGAUAAUCAAAGGUAGUGUGCUGGGUGGUGGAGCAGGAAGAUUGCCUACAGUGGUGUCACCUGAAGUGUACCGUACACGCUUUUGCCAUGCCAUGGAUCGCUAUUUCCUCCUCACUCCAGAUAGGUGGACAGGUUUAGGACUGGGUAUUGAUCCUUAGUUCACUGUUUCUACCAUGAUGUAUUUGCUAGCUGUAUUUUUUUCAUGAAAACUUUUGCAUUUCAAUAACUAAUUUUGUUUUGUGUGUGUGUGUGUGUGUGUGUGUGUGUGUGUGUGUGUGUGUGUGGUGUGUGUGUGUGUGUGUGUGUGUGUGUGAAUGUGUCAGUGGUUGCAGGAGCCAAUUCUCAGAUCCUGGUCCUGCCACUUGCCUCUCUUCAGAUUCACUCCCUCAUGGCCUCAUGGGUCCUGUUGUACCUGCUCCUAAGACUAUAUAUGGAGUUUUCCUCCACCACUUCCUCACCAAAAUCGUUCCACUUCCUCACCAAAAUCAUUCUACUUCUGCCCACUCUGAGACUGAAGAAAUUCUAACAUACCUGUGGCUCAUUUGUGCCUUUAACUACCAGCAGUGUUCUCUAGUUCCUGUUCCUCACCUCUCAAACAGCCUAUCUGUUAUGUUAUCGAUUCUCCUGAAUAUCUUGUUUGCUGUUAUCAUGUCCUCCCUGGAUCUUCUGUGUUCAUGUCCCUUAGCUGAGAAGCAAGCCUUUUUCUAUACUUCUACACUUUCUUCAGUUUCUUAACAUGUUUUUUUCAUGUGUCGGUUCUAUACUGGUGCUGUAUACUCCAAGAUUGGCCUGAUGUAUGUUUAAUAAUGAGCCCAGAAUGACUGUUGAGAUUCCUGAAGGCUACUCUUAGAUUUACCAGAUGAGCAUUGGCUGCAGAGGUCAUUUGUUUGAUGUUAGCUUGCUGAUAUACUGGCAUGUGCUCACUCCUAGGUCUUUAUCUUUAAGUGAAGUCUGCAGCUUUGUUCCAAUAGUCUAUACCCUGUUUUCGAUCUUCUUGCUCCUUCUCCAACCUUCAUGACCAUGCAUAUGCUGGGGUUAAAUUCAAGCAACUACUUAUCUGACCACUCUUGCAGUUAAUCCAGAGUGAGUGUGAUCUCAGGAGCAGAGCAGUGAUUCACAUAUGUACACAUGCUUACAUAUUUACAUGCAUAUAUACAUGUGGGUAUACAUGCAUAUAUACAUGUAGAUAUAUAUGCAUGUAUUCAUGUGGAUAUACAUGCAUAUAUACUUAUAUGUAUACAUGCAUGCAUGAGAAAGAGAGAGAUUAGUAAUGUACUAUGGAAAGUGCAGUGGUGUAUGUAAAAGAAAGAAAAAGGGAAAAUGAGUUAGUGUGUGAUAGAGAAUGAGACACAGGAAAAUAAAUACAUUUAUGUAGGUAGAGGGGAAGAAAUAAUGGCUGGAAUGAUUUCUCUUUCUUGGUGUACAGUAGUACAUGCACAUUGUUAUAAAUAUGUGAAUCUUUCCAUUUCAUGCAACUAAACUGUGCCUCAGGAGAUAUUAGUUGCUAGUUUUACCAUAUAGUAUAAAUAUAUAUAAUGUAGAAUUUUCUGACUUGUGCUUUAAGUACUGUAUAUAUUUUAUUAAAAUUUUUAUGAUUUUAUAAUAAUGAUCAUUUA